GGUCGACAGACUUUCUAACCUCACUGUCUCUCCAGUAACCCAGCAUGGCGCUUCAAGCUCGCGCUUUGCUCACCUCUAAAUGGCUCGCGGAGGCCGUGAAGGUCCAGGGGAAAAUGCGCAUCUUGGACGCUUCUUGGUAUUUGCCCAAACUGCGAAGAAACGCCAAAAGCGAGUUCAAGAAGAAGCACAUCCCGGGUGCAGCCUUCUUUGACAUAGACCAGUGUUGUGAUAAAACCUCUCCCCUGGACCACAUGCUGCCGUCAGAGAAGUUUUUCGCGGAUUAUGUGGGGAAUUUGGGGGUAGAGAACGACACGCACGUCGUGGUGUACGACUGCAGCGAGUUUGGAGAGUUCGCUGCGCCGCGCGUCUGGUGGAUGUUCCGGGUGUUCGGGCACAGCGCGGUGUCUCUGCUCAACGGGGGGUUCAGGAACUGGGAACUGGAGGGUCGGCCGGUGAGUAACCAGUAUAAGAGACACGCUCCGACCGAGUAUAGGGCCACCCUGAACCGCUCCUGGGUGAAAACCUACGAGGACAUCCUGGAUAACUUGGACACCAAGGCGUUCCAGGUGGUGGAUGCAAGACCCCCAGGCAGGUUCAGAGGCCUGGACCCCGAACCAAGAGACAACACGGAGCCAGGCCACAUCCCCGGCUCCAUCAACAUCCCCUUCCAUUCCCUCCUGUCUCCUUCGGGUCACUUCCUGCCAAAAGAUAAACUCCAGGAGCUCUUCGUCCAGGCUGGUGUGGACGCCAGUCGUCCCAUGUGUGUCCUGUGUGGUUCUGCUGUGACUGCGUGCCAUGUGGCUCUGGCUGCCCACGAGUGCGGACACCCGGAGGUGUCCGUGUAUGACGGUUCGUGGUCGGAGUGGUACACCCGUGCUGUGCCUGAGCACGUAAUAUCUGAAGGCAGAGGGAAACAUGUAUGAUCAACUGGGAACACGUGGUGGGACUGAUGAAGUGAGGUGGUAUCAGCCUGAACCUGGACUUCAAGAAGUUCAUUCUGGAGUCCUUCAUGCUUUAAGCUAUGUGAGCUAGCUUAAAGACAGAAAUAGAAACAGCUUGACCGUACUCUUUUAAAAUAAUAAAAGCCUUUUAGGCACCUGAAACAGUUGUGACACCUUUUUUUUAUUUAAGCCUGAAACCUUUUUACACUCAGCUAAGCUAAAUGGACCCAUCAAGCUUCAUAAACAGCCC